CACGCUCUGUUAUCAUAUAUUUCGCCAUUAUCCAUCACCUCUCGAGGACACGUUGACCACCAACUACAUCGGAGGCUGGAAGUGCUCCCCGGUGCUGCUCCUGAGUGCUGAAAGGCGGUGCGGCAAGUCUUAAAUAAGGGUGGCCAAACCCUCACAGCUUUGCCCCACAUUCAUCCUGGUCUGUACUUCCACCCCCCUAGAGAUGGAUGACUGGAACCUGGACCGGCUUGGAGAGGAGAGUGGUGAUGAGGACGAGGGGACGGAUGUCACCUGGUCCUUCUCGGGUAAUACAGGCACAGUGUUCCUCAUCGAUGCCGCCAAGGAGAUGUUUGACAGGCUGCCUGGUGAGGAGGAGGAGGACACCCCCUUCACCAGGGCCAUCAAGGCCGUCCAUGCCUCCAUGAUGAGGAAGGCCAUCUCCAAGCCCUAUGAUCUGAUGGCUGUGGUUUUCUUCAACACGAGGGAAGCCAAGAACCCACUCGGCUACUCCAGUGUCUACGUCCUUCAGGAGCUGCAGAGGCCCAGCGCUGAGAAUGUCCUAGCCAUGGAGGAAUUCAUUGACAUGAAGGACAGUCAGUUUGAGACCAAAUUUGGCCACUCAAUCACUGCCAGCAUUCACGACUCUCUGAGGACCUGCCAAAGUGUCUUCAACACCAGCGAGAAGCGUCACGCAGGGAGGAGCAUCCUGCUGUUUACCUGCCGUGAUGACCCUCAUGCCGGAGAUGACCAGCGGCGGCGGCAGGCAGUCACCAAGGCCAAGGAUCUGAAGGAGUCCUCUAUUGCCCUGGAGAUCCUACACAUGGGGACCUCCUUUGAUGUCACCAAGUUCUACAAGGACCUGAUCCUCCCUGAUGACACUGAGGAGGAGGAGCAGCAGCAGGGAGAAGAACUCACUCGGGAAAGAAGAACUCUGGCCAACCCAACCACUCGUUUUGAGGAGCUGAUGAAGCGAGUCAGUCAGCUGGAGAACAAACAGAGAGUGGCUGGCAAACUGGUCUUCACUCUUGCUCCUGGCGUCACUGUGGCUGUUGGAAUUUAUUCGGUUGUUAAGAAAUCAAGGAAGCCAACCAAGAAGAGGCUGUGGAAGAAUACCAACCAGGAAUUGAAGUCCAUCCACAAGGACUACUUGAUGGACACUGGAGAGCUGGUGUCUCGCUCGGACUAUGAGUAUUACCAGAAGUAUGGCAACAGGAAAAUUGGUCUCACCAUGGACGAGGCGCAGAACAUUGGCAAUGUGUACAAGCCGGGCAUGCAGCUGCUGGGCUUCAAGCCAUUCAGCUGGCUCAAGAAUAUCUACUACUACAAGGAGGCCAAGUUCAUCUAUCCCAAAGAGGAGAUGCUCAAGGGGAGCACUAAGGUUUUCACAGCGCUGCUGGAGCGCUGCCAGGCCCGCAACAUGAUAGCCCUGGUGCGUCUGGUGGUGAGGCAGCGCACGUCUGUCGCCCUGGCUGCCCUCGUCCCCCAGAAGGAGGUGCUGGAUGAGACAAACGCACAGAUGUUCCCCCCAGGCUUCUUGGUGUACCAUCUGCCAUUUGCUGACAACUUUGGCACAGUGGAGAUCAAGAGCAGGUCACGAGCCAAGGAGAGGCAGGUGGACGCAGCAAAGAGAGUCAUCAAGAAGCUGCAGUUUGAAUAUCAGCCUGAGAACUUUGACAAUCCAGAUAUUGAGACCAUGUGGGAGAUUAUCAAGGCUCUGGCCCUCAACCGCUCCCAGCUGGAACCAGUUGUGGACUAUACGGUUCCCAACAAUGAGCAGAUGGAGAAGCGAGCCGGACCACAGCUGAGGGAGUUUGACAGACUAGUGUUCACCUCAACCGUGAGCCAGUCAGCCAAGAUUCAGUCAGCCACUAGCGCCCUCCUGGCCUCCAAGAGAGUCAAGAUAGACAAUGACAACCUGGAUGUGGAGACCAUGGUUAGGAGAGGACAGGCACAACAGCUGACAGUCCCAGUGCUCAAGUCGUGGCUGACAGCACGUGGCAUGAGCAUCACUGGGAAGAAGAAGGCUGAGCUGAUGCAGGCUGUCAUUGAUGCUGUGUGUGCAUAGUGAGUGAGUGUAUGUGCAUGUGUGCGUGCGUGCAUGCGUGUGUGUGUGUGUGUGUGUGUGUGUGUGUGUGUGUGUGUGUGUGUGUGUGUGUGUGUGUGUGUGUGUGUGUGUGUGUGUGUGUGUGUGUGUGUGUGUGUGUGUGUGUGUGUUAGUGCACUUAAUUAUGAAGCAUAGAAGGGUAAGUAAGUGUGUAUGUGUGUGAGUUGGAUGCCAUUCCUGAUAUUGAGCAUCGCAUGAUAUAAGAAAAAUUCUGAUAUGUGAUAUAUAUAUUUUUUUCCCGAAAGUUCAGAGUUAGUACAAAGGAACUGCAGUUUUUUCCUGGAGAGUGAAGUGGAAACGUUAGGUCCUGUAGGUGGCUGUUGUUAUUGGUUCCGGUUUGAGGGUUCAGUUCUUCUGGUGAUGUGUUUAUGGUUAAGUUCUAUCACCCUUUGACUGCUUAUGACCAGUGGUUUGAGUAACUGUACAUGAUUUUACGGACACUUUAUUAAUGUACGUACUUCUUUUUUCUGUCAGUGGUGCCUCUCAAUGUUAUUCAUUAAGCUUGCACCAUGACAUUCCAUCGAAGGAGAAGCCAUAGCAGUCAAAUGGUAAAGUUCUGGGUCUCAUUUAUUAUUGUAAAAGGAUAAAUGGCCUCAUGAGUGGAGUAGUAUUCCAAAGAGAGAAAUUUGUCAGUGAAAAGAGUAGUACUUCAAUUUUUAGGUCACAUGAACUAUUCUUAAAAGAGAAAUAACCACUGAAUGGAGUGGUGUUUUCCAGUUAACUUUUUGGAUCUUUUGAGUUAUUCCAGAAAGACAAAUUGAGGAUGAGCAGAGUAGUAUUUUAAGUUAUGAGUCUUACAAAUCCUUAUAAAAAAUUGCUAAUAAUUGAGUAACAUUUAAGUUAUGAGUCUUACAAAUUAGUCUAAACAGACAUGUCAGUGAAUGGAGUAAUGCUUAAGUUAGAAAUUUUGGGUCUUCAUGAACUAUUCCAAAAAAAGUUAAAUUCUCCGAGAUUAACAGAGUAGUACAUAUUCUGUAGUUGUGGUUCCCUGCUUACCUGAGGUCCUUACUCAUUAACUUGCACAGGUAUGUGGAGUGCAAUCAUUACAGAAGUGUGUUUUCUUUUAGUUUUUAUAUUCUUUUAUACCAUGAAAACUAAAAUAGUAUUAAAAAAAAAAAAAAAAAAAAGACAGACCAUGUCCUAUAACUUAAGGUAAUUAGGCAGCAAUCAACUAAAUGUCUUUGUGCCUUACUUAGUAUCUUCACCAAAUGUCAGUCCUGUUCCAUGAUUAAAAAAGAUUGUUUAUUGAUUGCGUGUGAUUAUACUACAUUGUUUUUAGUCUCAAGCAUUGUAAAAGCACCAAUAAUAGUAUUAGUUAUCAUGCUCCUUUUACAUAGUACUGUGCUGGUAGUGGAUAGUGUUAUAAGUUUGUCUUACUAGGACUGUAAUUAAUUUAAUUUAUCAGCUGUCAAUUACAACAAAAUAACUUGUCUUACUAGGAGUAUAAUUCACUACUUAAUUUAGCUGUCAAUGCCAACAAAAACAAAAUAACUUGUCUUACUUACUAGGGGUAUAAUUCAUUACAUGAUUCAACCAACUGUCAAUGCCAACAACAGAAAAAAAAAAAAAGCUUUGUAAUUAAGGUAAUAAACAGAGUUUUAUGAUGAUC